AUGUCCACGUCCCCGAUCGUCACGGGCAUCGACCGUCACGCCCGCCGUGCCGCCGGCGUCGUCAUGGCGCAGGAUACCCCCCCGAGCGUCGCCUGCGGGCGAAGAUUGGAGGCGUGGUAUCACGGCCAGAGCCGACCGCUGUACGCGACUCGGCCGAGCGCCAUGAUGGCGAGGCACGCGGCGGCCGAUCAUCAGCGCGGCUGGCUGUCGGACGCCACGGACGGACCUGGCCACGCGUCGUCGUGCCUGUUCGCCGCCUGCUGGCCCUGGGGCGCGUACGCUCGCGUGUCGUCUCGCCUGCGCGCCGCCCUUGGCGGCCACGACGCCGAGCACGUGCCCGACGAGGGCUGCUGCAACCUCGAGUGCGCCGCCUUCGCCGCCUGCCUCCCCUUCUACGGCUGCUUCCUCGCCCGGCUGCAGAGCACGACGCGGGCCUUUUACGGCAUCGGCGGCGACGACGUCGGCGACUGGCUCGACGGCCACUGCUGCCCCUGCGCGACGCUCGCUCGGAACGAGCAGGAGAUUCUCGCGCGCGAGGAGCAGCACCGCCGGCGGCCAGCGGAGCCCGUUGGCGGCGGCAUCAUGGUCGACGCCUACACGGCGUGGGAGCCCAUGAUUCUCGACGACGGCCUGGCGUCCCAGACGCCGUCGCCCCAGACGUGUUGCCAAACGCCGUCGUCGCGGAGCUCGACGGAUCGCUGGCGGGCGACGGCGGCGAGGAGAGGCGUGUUCCCGCUGCUCCGCUACCUCGGUCAGCAAUGGUAUCUGGUCCCCGCCAACGAGCGAGCGGGGGGGAUGGCAGGUUGCGUCGGCGAGGCCGUCGACAGCAGGCUUCCUGGCUUGGCGACCAUUGUCGACUCGCACUCGCUCGACGAGCAUCGGCUCCUCUCGUGCGCCUUUGGCAACGCCGGCGACGCGGCGAGCCAAGGGCCGCGGGACGGCGAGGGCGGACCGGCGCCUUUGGGGUACGCGGCCGAGUAA